AUGCAUGGACGUGAAUCAAUGUAUAGCACAAGUAUUUACGACUACAAAAAUAAUUUUGAAAGGUUUAGUAACUUGGAACUAAAUGCUGAUGAGAAGAAAGGCGAGGAUGAUAAAGACAGAAGGAAAAUGUUUAACGAGAAAUUGAAUGAAUCGAAAAGUUUGACUCAUAAAAGAGCGAAUUGGACAUACAAUGAAGGAGCCACCCGCAGUCCAGAAGAAAAUGUGAGCAAAUAUGCAAAUGAACAUGCAAAUAGAAGUUCGAAUGAACAUGCAAACGGAAGUUCGAAUGAACAUGCAAACGGAAGUUCCAGUGAACAUGUAAACGGAAGUUCGAAUGAUCAUUUUAAUAAAAAUAAGAAUGCUUACGAUAUUGCGCAUGAUAAUGCUCAUUAUAGUGCCAAUACCAAUGCCAAUGCGCACGGCACCAGCGAAAAGAACGCGGUCUGCAUAAAAAGCUCCAACGCGUUUAAUUUAUUUCGUGAUAGUAGUAAAGAAGUAGCAGCGAAUAACAACAAGUUAAAAAACAUGUUUAGCGGAAUUAUAGGAAUUCAAAUGAAGCAUGCAAAGAAUGUGUUUGAAGAAGUUAAAGAGCAUAUCAAAUACACAGCAAAGGAAGCUAAGAAAAAUAUUAAUUAUCCAUUUUGUAAAGCUCCUUGUAAUAUUGAAAAUUUAAAAAAUACAAUAUUUAUAAAUGAAGAAGAAAUAAUUAUAAAUAAAAGCAUCUAUAGAAAUAUGUUUACAAAAACAAAAGAGGAGAACCCAUUUAAUACACAAAAUAGACAAAAUCAACAAAAUGGUAAGAGCAAAAAUAAAAAAAAUGAAUGGGAUCAUAUAUUUACAUGUAAUAAGAGUGACAUAGUUAUAAAGGGAAAUUACAAUUUUGGUUUUAAUGUAGAAGUUAUAUAUGAAAAUGAAAUGAAUAAAAUUAUCGUCCAUGCCUAUGAUAAGGAGACGAGAAGGACAGUACCUUGCUCGUACAAGUGGAAGCGAGUCUAUCAUGAUAAGCACUGCGAUUUGAUCGAUAAAAAUUUAGGUCUACUCAACAAUGGUAGUAUUAAAGGUGGAAGCAACAGUGCUUGUUGCAGGAAUAUUUAUGAAAACGAAUAUUACUUAACAUGUGAGGAUAUAGGACUUAAAAUAUUCGUAGAAUGUUCCUGUAUAAAAAGCGAUCAAAUGGCCUCUUCUAAUUUGUCCAAAUUGUACCUGAACAGUUCAGGAAAACCUGAAUCACGCAAUGAUAAAAUUGUCAAUAUGGAUAACAGUAGCAACAGUAGCGAUGGGCUUAAUAAUGAUAACAAUUUUUAUAAGGGUGCUCCAUCCUUUAAGAGCGCUUUUAUGAAAAAUAAAGAGGAAAGAGAUGUGCAUAAUAAAAUUAGCGAUAAAUAUUUAGAACAUACCAUUUUGGAAAAAAAUUUAUCUCCUUAUAAUCAUUGCAGUGAUGUGUAUUCUGGAUCUUCAAUGGAAUUAUUUCUCUUAAGCAGUAGUAAUUAUGAAAAAGUAAAAAAGAAUGGUAGCAAAACGAAUGAGAAGGAAACGGAUGGGGUAAAAAAUAUUUACGGGUGCAGCAACCAGAAGGAAAUAAAAUUUCAUUCAUACGAGUCCUCUGUGUUCAAUAAUAACUCGUCUGCUACUACCAUGUCCAACAUAAACACCGCGGCUAACAGUAGUUACCAUAAUAACAUCCUGAGAGACAGUGGUACGGCCGCAAUUACAUCUACUACGUCAACUAACGGUGCUAAUCCUAGUCGAGUUACCAAUGGAAAAUAUUACGGGGUGGCAGUAGCUGAAAUAGGACCAUUUUAUUUGAAUGCAAACACAAAAAUGGCUUUAGAGCAUGUUAUGAACAACGACACAAUGAGGUAUCCUAUAUACAUCCUUAAAAAAGUGACAAACAAUGCUCAGGGGAUUAAUAUUACCGAGUGUGGGACUAGUAAAUAUUACAUAAAUGAUAAGGGUAAAAUUGUUGAGGACAUAACAAACAGUGAAGUUAAAAAAAAUGAUCCGUUGAACGUAUUUGAUGAUUAUAAUAGUGUAGACAACCUGAGCUCGUGUUCAAAUGUAGAGGGAGAAAUAGAUAUUAUAUAUAUGUUACAUAUACAUAAGCAUGAAAUUAAAAUAAUCGAUCAAACCAAUAAAGAGAAACAUAUGUGGACUUACAAAUUUAAUCAUAUAUAUCCUUAUGUAGAAUUUAUAGAAAAGGAUAAAAAUUAUUUUCUGUUAUUUGUUAAUGAUAAGGAGUACUAUAUUUGUAGAUGUGUGUAUAAUAAACAUCGUGAUAUUAUUGUCAUUAUACUGAGAUAUAUGCAUGCAAAUUUAUAUAUUUUAAAUGACUACAUUUUUAAUAAUAUUAAUAAUGCAAAUUUUGAAAGCACACAAGUGAAAAACAUUUUUAACAACGUUGAUGUGAACUCUAUCCUUGAAAAUAUAAAUAAAGAAUUACUCAUCUGUCAAAAAACAAAUCAACGGUAUUUACAUAAAAUAAAUAAACUGGAGAGUGAGAAAAAUGCGCUCGAGGAGGACCUCAAGAAUACCAUAGAAGCCUUUCAGAUCCAAUUGGACAAUAUAAAGAAGUCCAAAGAUGAAAGCGAGCUAUCGAAAACAAACGAGAAGUUAAUGAAGGAGAUAAAAAUACUGCAGGAUAAAUAUAGAAAUGUCGAUUUAUUUUUUAAAAGCAAGUAUAAGAUCUUGUCCUAUGAGAUUGAAAAAUAUAAGAAGCUAGUCGAGGAGAGCAAAUCUAAAGUCAAUUCUAAAGAAGAGGAGAGAGUAAACCAUGAACAACUACGCACGCUUGAGAGCGAAAAGGGUAAGUUGUUAAACGAGAAUACCAAAUUAAGUAGCUUAUAUAAUAAGGAAAAAAGGAGUAAAAUGGAAUUAGAAAAUAAGCUGGAGAAUUUAAGUUUAAAGUUGGAGCUUCUGAACAAAUCUUUACAAGAAGAAAAGAUGAAGGGAAAUAGCAACAACGAAUAUUUAAAGGAGAUAGAAGAUUUAAAAAAGAACAAUAUAAUUUUACAACAGAGAAAUGGUAAAAUGUCGUGUGAAGUGAACGUAUUGAUGACGGAGAAGAACAGGCUAAUCAAACUUGUGGACUCCUUGACGAGAGAUAUGGAAAAGUCGAAAACGAAUGGGACCUUGAGAAAUGUGGACAACGAGAUGAAUGCAAAAUGCGGUACUUCCCUCGUAAAUAUUCUGAACAGUGAAAGUGAUCAGCCACAUGACAAGGAGGAACUGCUAAAAGAAAUUUUAUCCUUAAAACAUGAAAAUGAUUUGCUCAAAAAAAGAAUAAAAAAAUUUGCAAAAUUUGAUACAACCUUGUAA